AUGAUUGUAAUUCUGCUAGUGUCUGUGUCAGUGAUGUUGUACAGUGCAGGUGGCCAAGCUUUGGAGAAGCCAGCAUUCCUUCCACCUGAAAGAAUCCUGAACAAUGCCACAGUCUUCAAUGGAGUCUUUCAAAAUGUGGAAAGUGUUGCAUUAUUUUUUGACUGCCUGGGUUCUCACUUCACCUGGUUACAGUCCAUCUUCACUAACUUCCCUGCCCUGCUCAACUUUGUGAAUAAAAUGAAGUGUGUUACUGGGCUUUGUCCCAGGGAUUUUGAAGACUAUGGCUGCUCUUGCCGGUUUGAGAUGGAAGGGCUCCCUGUGGAUGAAGCUGAUGAAUGCUGUUUCCAGCACCGCAAAUGCUAUGAGGAAGCAAUGGAGAUGGAGUGCAUGUGGGACCCAUCAAAGAUUUCUACAGAUGUCAGCUGCUCUACUGAAAACCUGACCUGUGAGUCUGGGGAUUCCUGUGAACAGUUCCUUUGCAACUGUGACAAAGACGCCAUUGAAUGCUUUGAGAAGGCACAUGUUAACUCUUCCUUGAAUGGGUUGGAUAUUUCCUUCUGUCCACCUCCAGUUACAGAAACAACCAGCAAGAGAGAGCUGACAACACUUCACACGGGGGACUUACUUCAUCAUGGGACUGAGGAAAUACAAGCUGCAACUGCAUCCAUGGAAGAAGUGAACUCCUUUGAGCCCAGUGAGAUGGUGAUGGGGACUUCCAGAGCCAGAGAGGAGGAUGGAUUUAUGGAAGCUGUAGUGUCAGUGGAAGAGAUAACCACAACCCCAGCCUCAUUCUCAGGAGAUAUUAACUCACUGCAAGUCAAAAUUGCCUCCACGGAGAAGAUGCCUGCAAGCACAUCUGCAAGAACAAAAGAAAAAGUAUGUGAGCGAUUAACCUUUCUGCAAGAGAGAGGAAAUGGAAGAGUGAAGAGGGAGCUGCCCCAGCUGGGGGAGAUGCUCUUCUGUCUAACUGAGCGCUGCCCAGAGGAAUUCGAGUCUUACGGUUGCUACUGUGGCCAGGAAGGAAGAGGUUAUCCUGCUGAUGCACUGGACAGGUGCUGCUUCUCUCAUCACUGUUGUAUAGAACAAGUUAAGAAACUUGGAUGUCAUGCAGAAAGAAGUUCAAGAUCUGAAGUUGUGUGUUUUGAUCAUCAGCCAGACUGUGUUGGUUGGAGCAUCUGUGAGAAACUACUAUGUGCUUGUGAUAAGACAGCAGCCGAGUGCAUGGCUUCUGCCUUCUUCAAUGAAAGCCUGAAGUUUCCUCACAGGCAAGAGUGCCAAGAGGAGAAAAUCUCAUGUCAAAGUGACCCUUAUGAAAGGCCUUCAACAGGCACGGGGCAUUCCAGCUCUGAGGAGAGCAGCGAGGAAGAAGGUCCACUGGGGAGUGUAUUAAGAAGAGCAAAGAGAGAUACACACCGUCCCGUUGGAAACUCCAUAACUGUGCAACAUGAAGGCAGAUAA